UAGUUCCAGAUGUGGCCAUGUUUAGUUUGAUCUUUGAAGUUUUCGCUCAUCGUCUCAUAUAACUGAUACAUUUUUAUACAAAUCUGCCGACAUUGUAAUUACGCUCUGUCCGACCGAUCGUACUCUUCGUCGCCUGCCUGGCCGACUCAGUCUCGCGUUCAUAAUACACAUGUUCUUCUUUUGCCGAGAUAAAUCUCUUUGAUAACGCGGAAGUACGAGACGCUGUCGUCUACCCAGGAGAGACACGAAUCCGCGUCGAGGCCGUGCAUUUGACUUGAUUACUUUUUUUGUCGGUCAGAAAUUUCAAUCGCCAGACGCGACUCGCAGUUGUUUCGCAUAUACGGGCACACAGCGAAACGUUUUGCUCCCUUUCUCUCUCUCUCUCUGCCAAUAAUUUUUGAACCGAGCGAAAAAAGGGGCGCCGCCGUUGCCGAGAUAAUAAUUACACACGGUACGCGGGAAUCGUCAAAGUGGAAGGAAGCUCUACGCAUUUCAUGCAGCACGCGCUCUACGGGAGGUUUCGGGUUUUAUUUUUGGAAGAAAUCUCUCCCUUUCGUCUCGGGUCGCAGCAGCAGAGAGACACGUAUCUCCUUUUCGAGAACCACCGCUCCUGUUUCUCGCGUUUCAUUCGAUGCAUCACGGCCGUACGAGAGUAACACACACACAGAGAGAGAGAGAACGCUGAAACGCCUACACGAACUCUUGUCGUCGUCGGUCAGCCAUAUGCCACGUCGUCGAGCCAGAAUGACGUUGCAGUGGUAAAAUCGCGCCAUUUAACGAAAUUUAAUAGCCAACGGGAGGAGAGGCGGACACACAGUGAAACAAUCCAUACUUCACCGAGUACUAAAGUGCAAAUAAUAGGAUCCCGGAUAAGAGCCAGAAAGAGAAUUUAAGGGAAACUUUAGUUUACCGAGAACAAAGAGCCGUCUCAGGCGUGAAGAAUAUUCGAGAGAGAGAGAGAGAGAGAGAGAGAGAGAGAGAAAAAAGUACAGGGGCGUAACGGGAGGCCGGAGAGGAGAGGAAAAAAAAGGCAGAAAAUUGUUAAAUAAAAAACGGGUAUCGUUCGGUUGUUGAAGCGCGCAUGCGUUCCAGAAGGAGAGAAAGAGAAACGGAGAGAGACGAACGAGAUACAUUCUGUAGGCUAAUUCGUGUGUCGAACAAACAGAAAAAGAAAUAAGCAAAGUAAUUUCAAAAAUUUUCAAAUGCUAGAAUUCAGGCACGCGAUCAUUUCGCAGGCAAAGAGCCGUCGUCGAGUGUGGUCGCGUCAAUCGAUCGAAUGAUCAUCGUCGGCGGCGGGCCACAGUGCUAUAUCAUACGGUACAAAACACGAUCGAUCGGGACAAAACAAUGGCAUUAGAGAGUGUUUCCGUGGCCGAGACUCUAAUCCAAAGUAAUAAUGAUAACGACUUGGAGGAUGGAGAAAUUCCAUCCGACGAAGACGACGAGCCCGUUCCACAGUCAGUAAACGAUGAUGUUAAAAAGACUGAAUCGAAAACUGACGCGUCAAAGAAUAAAAACUUCGACCCCAACAAGUUUAAUAAGAAUAAAAAGUCGAACGUUCAAGGGGGUAGCAAGCACGACAGGUUCUCAAAGUACAAAAACCCUACGGAUGAUUGGGCAGGAGAUGUCGAGAAAGCGAUCAGGGCAGCCUUAGAGGGAGACGGUUCUAGAAAUCAAGAUUCCAAAUCUAAGAGUAAGAAUAAUCGAAGUAAAAGUAGGAAAAGGAUACGAGGGGACGAGGAAGAUCGCAACAAGGAUCAAAAGAGGAGAAAAGUGAGCGACGAUGAAAAUGUGAAUGACGACGAGGACGAGAUGCUGUUUGUCCGGGGUGCUUCGCCUGUUAGAAAAGAUAUGCAGAUGGAGAGCAGUUCGCCGCCGCCAAGGCAUACGAACGAGCAUGAGAACUUUGACAGCGGUUCAGAUUAUGACGAUAGGCCUAGCGUAAAUCGUCAUAGAGACAAUGAUGGUAAACGUAGCAAUACCAGGGGUGGUGGAGGAGGAGGAGGAGGCGGAGGUGGCGGCGGCGGCGGCGGCGGUGGAAGUGGAGGCGGUGGUAGCGGCGCCGGUGGCGGGGGAACGGGAGGAGGAGGACGUAGGGGUGGUAAAAAUGAACGAGGUGGUAAAAAUAAGACCCGCGGGCAAAUGCGAAACGAUAGGAAUGGACGUAGAAAUCAGAGCAACGAUCACGGUCAAGAGCCAGACGCUAUAUGCGUCUAUUACAUGCAAGGCAAGUGUCACAGAGGAGACGAUUGCCCGUUCUCGCACAACGCUUUACCGCCCAGAAAGAUGGAGCUCUGUAAAUUUUAUCUCAUGGACUGUUGCGCGAAGAGGGACAAGUGUCUCUACAUGCACCACGACUUUCCGUGCAAGUUUUUCCAUACAGGUCUAAAGUGUAACCAGGGAGACAAUUGUAAAUUUUCCCAUCAACCUCUGAGCGAACAGGUAAAGGGGAUACUGUUGAAACAUUUGGAAACCGCGCCCAAAGAGAUUCUUGGAGAUUUCCCGCGGUUGAGCAGAGAGGGAGCAAUGUUAAUGAUAAACAAUACGGCGAGGACAUUGGCGCAGGGCCAGGAGGUUACGAAUCAGAAGAUUCCGAGUCUUUUCGAGUUGAACGUAUCCGCGCCAACUAACACUGCGGAGAAAAUCAACGAGAAGGACGAGAAGGACGAACAACAGCAGAAGAGCGGUGCCAGAGACAGGAAACCGUCGGGUAAGAAAACUCGAUGGGGAUCGGACGAAGAUAGAGUACCGUACGAGCAAAUCAUGCUUUUGCAAUCGGCCAACGAAUUCGGUCUCCAACUUCCGAACGCUGCACUGGGUUUGGCGACGCAACAGCAGUUGCAUAAAAAACCACCGCCGCCGCCGCCGCCGCCACCGCCACCGCCAGCACCCCAACCGUUGUCAAACAUGGACUUCUGUACGGAAUCCAACAGCUCGGCGGAGUCGAACAGAGCUAAUCAAAAUAAAACAGAUUUCACUAAAGAUGUCGAGGAAGACGAAAUCCUCGAACAGGCGAAGAAAAAAGACACGUCGUCGCAAGAGAAUUUCAAGAUCACGGAUUUGAAACACUUGUUGAAAGUGAAAAGACCACCUCCUAUGGUCGUCAUCGCUGAUAAGGUAGCGACUCUUACGAAAUCCAAAUUCGACCCGGAGGAGAGCGAUCAAGACGAAGAGAUGCUCGUCAUAGAAAUGCCGACCGAAGACGAGGACAAGCAAAGGGACAAGGAAACGAACGAUGAAAGUAACAAUAAUCGGCGUCGCGAUGCACGUUCACCGUCUGCGGAGGAACAAGAGGUGCCUACCCAUUUACCGAAACGGGCACAGGAAUUGUUCAUGCGUAUCCAACAGCAACAACGGGCGGCCCCGGAUAGUUUCAAGAAUAUAGACGACGAACGCUCCGCACGAAACACGGAUCAAAUGUUGGAAGACUGGUACUCGGACGACGAAGACGAUGACGAAGACGACGACGACGACGACGACGAAAGUGGGAAUCUUACGAUAGUACUUUCGAACAAGGAGACGUCGAAAGAGGAGUCUACGGCGCAGAGCGUCGCGAUCGACGAAGAAUGCACCACGGCAUCAAGCAUACCGCAACCAGCAGCUAUUGUGGACAAACUCGGGGAUCUGAGUAAAAUAGACAUAAGCGCCGAGGUGUCCAAGUUGCUGUCGACGUUAAAAGCGCAGAGUACGACGACGACAACGACGACGACGACGACGACGACGACGACGACGCCGACGCCGACGACGACGAGUAGCAGCAGCAGCAGCAGCAGCAAGUCUGCUGGCCAGCAACAGAAUACCGGCGCGCAGGAUUAUUCGUCGAACAAGUUGUCACCAGACAGGACGGCGGCGGCAUCGGACGAAUCGAAGAAUCAUGCCAAAACGGGGACGUUAACGUUCAACGUUACGACGAGUCAGCUGAUGAUGAUGAAGGAAAACGAAACGUCGAGCCCGCGUUCGUCGCCGGGUACGAGCUCCGCCGCGCCCGUGUCCAGAGAUCCUCGUAUGUCCCGGGAUCCUAGACAACGCAGAGACGAACAGAAAUUGGACAGUCCCAGUAGGACCCAGAUGGACCCGGUUAGACAGAAGGAGACUAAACAUCUCAGGCUGGAAACGAGUAUCUAUAGUUCCGGUAUCACUGCCGUCGAUACCAAUAUGGAUACGGAUCUUCGAACAAAAACCGAUCAAGAUCUCCGCAGGAAAGACAUGGAUUUCAGGCAGCAACAUUUCCAAACCGGUUUUGGAGACACUGAUCUCCGCGUAGUUGGAGCGGGAUUCGCCGACGCGUCUACCAAAUCCGACGUUGAUCUACGGCAAAUUUUGAGUUUACCCUUCAAACCGGCACCGUCCCACAUACCCUGCACCGAGAUCGACGCCAGCAUUUCCUCGCACCCUCCGAUGACGUACAAGGUGUACAUCGUCGAUAUACCGAGACCUGAUUACACGGGUCUCAAACUGACCAAGAACGAUGCGCAAGUGAAAUACGAUCCACGAUUACGGAAGAUCUUCAGGAUCGGUAAAGUGGAAUUGGCCGACUCUCCCAUGUCCCCGCCCCCGGUCAAGCCAGAUACACCCAAGUCGCCCCCACAAGUCCGGGCAGACCCGCGUCGAAAGGCUCUCGAGGCUUCCAAUUUAUCAGCUUCUCAGAAUGUAAAUGCUUCCAUGAUGAAGAGCGUACAGCCGUCGCCGAUGGAGAUGCCCAUGCCCGGUCCCAUGCCCGGGCCGCAAGGCAUGAUGCCUAUGGGCCCGAUGCUCGGGAACAUGGGUCCUAUGGGGCCUAUGAUGAACGCGCCCAUGGGCCCUCAGAACAUACCACCGCCGAUGGGUAUCGUCGGGACGGGAAUGUCGAACAUGCCUCCGGGGAUGACUAUGAACCAUGGACCGGUGGUGCCACAGAAUCAGAUGAACUUUGAUCCACGUUUUCAACGUAACAACGGAGCCGGAUUAUUGGGGCCAGCACCACCCGGUGUGGGUGGUUUCGGGCCACCCGACUCUGUUAAUCCAUCGUACGACGGUGCUCCGCCGCCGCCAGUAUAUUCGGGUGGCGGUAACUUUAACAAUUUCGGUCCCGGUCCUCCGGAUCCCGGUAUGAUGGGUUUCAACCCGAACCCGAAUCCAAACUUUGGAAUGGACGGGCCUGUGGAGUGGAGUGGUACGAACAGACGCGGUGGCCGAAUCAGGCGGCGGAAUAGAAAUAGGACCAAUAUCGCGACUAACAAUUAAGGCAAAUAUCGUAGGUACACACGAGAGCAAAGUACCUGGUGAUAAUUUUCAUUAAUUUAAAUAUGUACAUACAGAAUGCAUCUUGUUGAUUAUGCAUUAAUUAUAUCCGGCGGUCCAGACUCGUUUUUCGAUCGUGUCAAUUGUAUAUGGUGUCAAAUGCUCGCUAGUUUAAUUAGCCGAAUAAUUAGUUUAAGCUGUUGAGACGUGAGACGUCGAAAGUACUCUCAAUCAUCUCUUUGUACGACGUAUAUAUAUAUAUAUAUAUACCACUGAACGGUGUGAACAAUGCUCAUAAUUAUGCGACGUUCUAUAUUUUAUUUAAAAAAAAAAAAAAAGCGCAGUUAUAACACCAGUAAUAAUGUUCUAUAUGGGGAAUGCGUCUUAAUUAAAGUAGCGAUAAUGGAAGAGAAAAUUUUCGGCAAGGAUAUCGUGUAACUUGUGUAUAUAUAAUGACGAGAUCAUUUUUAUCCAUUCGAAAAGACAUUUAAUACAUAAGAUACUACGAA